CGAUUUGUAAGAAGGCAGGUACUUGCUAACAACUGUUAUGGUCAGUAUGUUUCUUAAGGCUGUAUGACCUCAUCGAAAUCUUAAGCUCGCUAGGAUUAUAACAAAUAUAAGAUUUAUGCAUAUUUAGUGAAAAGUGAAUAAUAAUAUAUUUUUUGAAUUCUUUGUGCGUGGACAGAAAAGCGAUUUCUUCUUAGAUUCCUUACUUUUUAAUGCCAAAGGCUUUUAAGUGUAAAACCCUUAUAUCCCAUAUUAAUAAUAUAAAGUUCUCUAAAAUGGGUUGUGCUGGGAGUACUCCGAUGGUUCCUGCAACUAGUGAUAUUUCAUUGAAACCAGCUCUUGCUCCUGCAAGUGAUUCUCUUCCAAAACCAGAACUUAUCCUAAAAGAUCUACCAGAUGUUGUGGAAAAAGUUAUUGAAUCGAUAAAAGAACCAGAGUUAAAAAACCUUAAGGACAUAUCAAUUGAAAAUACAAAUUUAUCAGAUUUAAAAGAUGAAACUGUUUCUGCAGUAAAAAGUGAUGUCAAAAGCUUCCUAGACAUAAACAACAAAAACUUAACACAAGCUGUAACACAAGGAAUUCUAACAGAUAGUAUUUCUUCUUCUGCUACAAAACGACCACCAGAAAUGGAUAAUUUAGAGCAACACAAUAAAUCCAAAAAUAAGGACAGCCCAACCAUUUCUUCCGAUGUUGAUAGUUUGAGAACAUCUUCUCCAGAAUCCGAAAUCGAAGAAGCACUUGCUAACAAUAACGAUCAAAAUCCACCAACUCCGAAACCAACAUUCUCUGAACUUCAAAAUCUCGUUGUAGGCCCAGUUAAUUCAUUGGUUAAGAAUUACGUUGUUAAAACAACAACUGAUACUUUUGUUAGCCAGGCUGGGGAAAAAAAUCCAGCUAAUGAUAAUUCGGGCAAUGGCAAGUAAGUGUCACGUUGUACUAAUUUAUUAUAGAUAAUGUACUAUUUUUCAGCGCACCUUAUUUAAUAUUAAAUUCAAAGACAAUUUUAUCAAACAAAAUACAAAUUCCCUUAUGUAAAUAUAUGUAGCAUUUUAUUGUACAUACAAAUUUAAUUCUUUUGAUUAAAA